AAUAGAUCCCCGAUUCAUAGGAGCUAGUAUGUGAAACAGGCCUUAAGCCAGGUUCACAGUUAUCCUAGGAAUCUGAGAUUCUCUUUGUCUGCAUGAGGUCACUGAUGUGCAAAAUGCUUUGCUUGCAUCGGAAAAUAAUACAAUGGAUCCCCGAUUCUUAGGACAAGUGUGAAUGAACUUUAUGCCAGAGAAGCACACCAAAUCCACAGAAUCCAACCCCAUGCAUCUAUUCGAUCGUUGCAUUCAUAAGUGGCAAUAGUGAACAUGCACAAUUUAACGAGAACGAACGAGUAGCCUCAUUGACCGAGCGACUCAGUUGUCUGCACUCGUGUUAACUCGCGUGGCUACUGGAUGAGACCUUAAAUAUGAAUUUUCGACAAGCACUUAGACGAAUGUGAUAAUUUCAUUCCGUUCCAAGCCGAUUAGCAUAAACAAUUCACUGACAAGGAAGAAAUAAAACUUCAAACCCAGACGACUUGUUUACGGAAAAGUUGAACAAUUAGCGUGUCAAUUACCGUGAUGAUAUCAAUUGCAGUAUAUUUUAAGCUAUGCACUCUUGAGAGUUGUGUAUAGCCCUUUGCUUUGAAAUAUUCUGCAAACGGCUUUGACUUUGCUACGGACAAUACCCCUUGUCAAAUUGUAAGGUUAGGAAACGAAGAAAGGAGUAUAUCCGCAAGACACGACAGUAGAGAGGAGCUCUUAAAAGGGUUACGAACUUCCGUACUUGAAAUACCCAAAGGAAGACACCGAUGAAAAACAUGCAGUCCAGGAACGGAUUUUUUCACCCCAUAUAAUACAUCAUCUGGCAAUAUAAUUAUACCAUUUCUUGUUGGACUACCCGAAUGGAAGGUUGGCGUCUUUCUUAUCGACAUUACGAGAGAAAAUUGUUACGCGAGGUACAAGUAAAACCAUACAAUAAUGGCAUUCGAAAUGACAAUUGCAAACUCUGUUUUGACAUUCGUUUUUUUCUUCACGUUUGUCCUGCCAACAUCAUCGCAAUCUUGUAAUAUCUGUCAAUCCUCGUUUUUUGAUGAACUGAAAAUAAAAUCAGAUGCCGCUACGCUACUCUGUUCGCCAAACAAGGCAGCCUAUAUAAAUUUGCCUCUUGGUAAGAGUUGUUGUGAAUCGCUGUCAAAAGAGUUGGAAAAAAGUUGGUACAGUUACAACAAACUAUGCCCAUCAGCAAAACGGAACAAGCAAUGUCCCAGUGCAAUGUCGACGAUAAUCACAAGACAGAGCACGGUUGACUACGCAAUAAGCCAGGGAGCUCCUCAGAUGAACGAAGUCACGAUGUGUUUCUGGGUAAAGACCAAGCAACUGAAGCAAGUGACGGGAAAUGCACAUUACAUUUCAUACGCAGUCCCAUUAGCAACAAACCAGAUAUACGUCAUGUCGCAGACAAAUCUAAGACUAGGCAUUUGUCACCACAACUCAAAUUUGGGUAAUUCACAUUCUUUAAGCUCACACAAUAUCACGAUUAACGAUGGACUCUGGCACCACAUUUGCGUAACUUGGCAAGCAAAUGGUGGUCGAUAUUCAUUUUUCAAGGAUGGAAAUAAAGUUGGCAAUGGCGCAAUCCCUGACAGUGUUGGAAAGCCAAUUCCAGGCCAAGGUACAUGGGUGCUGGGUCAAGACCAAGACAGCGUUGGAGGUGGGUUUGAACGUUUUCAAUCAGCCAUUGGAGAAUUUACCGGAGUCAAUGUUUGGGAUAAAGUUUUGUCUUCUUUCGAGAUUUUGAAAAUGUCCACAAAUUGCAAGGCCGGUGGACCCGCUGGCAAUGUAAAGACCUGGGCUGAUUUUCUGUCUGGAAUCAAAGGAAAUGCCAAGAUCGGAAAAGCAACUUGCUGUUAGUGAUACUCUAAUGCUUAAUUGCAAUUCCUUACAAUCGUUCUUAGUGUUAGUAUUUUGAUGUCAUAUAUAUAAUCCGUGUAAGUAAGGAAGCAUGCAGCUGGAAUUGAUCUAAUCUGUAUUGCUCGUUAAUUAUGAUGUAGCCGUAUCUGUACGGAAGGCCAUUUGUUUUAUCCAUGCAGCAUUCUGUCGUCUUUAAAAUUGGUUUUAAAAAUUGA